CCUGAAUCCAACAGUUCCAUUGUUAAUAAAAAUCCAUUCACCCCUGACCCUUUUUUGCUGCUUCUCCUUUCACACCACUCCAAAGCAACGGAUCAUCAACCUACGAGGUGGUCUUCUUUUCCUUCUUUCCUGCGCGCCUGCCAGCGGUUUAAACCUUCAUCUGCGUGCCUUCCUUUUCCUUUUAGAACGCCGCCUUCGCGCAACCAGGCUAUCGGCACCGCCAAAGAUGGCGUCCGCAGUCCUGAACUCGACCAUUACCGGUCUGAGCUCAUCGGCCUCCAUCACGACCGUCUUCGAGGAGGUUUCCAAGUACAAUGUUCAGCUGAACGUCUUCGAGCGCCUCUGGGCCGCCUGGUAUCUCUGGAUGCAGAAUGACACGAUUGCGACGGGUAUCAUGAGCUUCGUCAUGCACGAGUUCGUCUACUUUGGACGGUCCCUGCCCUGGAUGAUCAUCGACGCCAUCCCCUUCUUCAACAAAUACAAGCUUCAGAAUACCAAGGUACCGACAUGGAAGGAGCAGUGGGAGUGCGCCGGUCUCGUCCUCCUCAGCCAUUGCACCGUCGAGCUUCCCCAGAUCUGGCUAUUCCACCCUGUUGCAACCUACUUCGGCCUGGACUACGGCGUCCCUUUCCCCCCUGCCUGGAAGAUUGCGAUGCAAAUCGCCGUCUUCUUCGCCGUUGAGGAUGCCUGGCAUUACUGGAUGCACCGGGCGCUGCACUACGGCCCUCUCUACAAGUCGAUCCACAAGCUGCACCACACCUACAGCGCGCCGUUCGGCCUCGCCGCUGAGUACGCGUCCCCGAUCGAAGUGAUGCUCCUGGGCUUCGGUAUCGUCGGAACCCCCAUCAUCUGGGUCUCGGUCACGGGCGAGCUGCACCUCAUCACCAUGUACCUGUGGAUCGUCCUCCGCCUCUUCCAGGCCAUUGACGCCCACUCCGGCUACGACUUCCCCUGGAGUCUGCGCCGCAUCCUGCCCUUCUGGGCCGGUGCCGACCACCACGACCUGCACCACGAGCGCUUCAUCGGCAACUACGCUUCCAGCUUCCGCUGGUGGGACUACUGCCUCGACACUGAGGCCGGUGAGGCGGCUAGCAAGCAGCGUCGCGAGAAGAAGCUGGCCCAGAUCCGGGCCAAGAAGGCGCAGUAAAUGACACGCCUCCCUCUACUAGACGAAAGCGUGCAUGACGAGCAUGUGACCGUCUUCAAUUGACACAACAUCUUGGGGGUGAGAGAAAGAGA